AUUUGACACCCCUUAGUGACGACGGUGACGAUAAAAUGUUGCAGAGUUAAUAGGCGCAGUAAACGAUUUCUAGUUAUUUUGUUAUACAGAAAAAUUUCUAUUAUUUGAAAUCAUGGAAGAAACUGUUAGCAAGCUUGAACAGCAUGAUUUUGUGGAACAGGCUGCAGAGAUGUCACACAGUUUUGUUGCUGAUGAUGAUGAUGAAGAAGAAGAAGUUGAACCUAAGCUAAAGUAUGAGCGAUUGUCCAAUGAUAUAACAGUUAUCCUGAAGAAAGAUGCAGCCAGCUGUAUUGCUGUACAUCCAAAGUUUAUGUGUCUAGGAACCAACUGGGGAGCAUUGCAUUUACUUGAUCAUCUUGGGCAUUCAUCACAGCAACAAGAGUUUCCCACUCAUGGAAUGGCAAUAAAUAUGGUUGAUAUUGAUAGUGGAGGAGACUACAUUGGUAGCUGUUCAAAUGAUGGAAAGGUUAUGGUGUCUGGGCUUUACUCUACAGAAAAUUGCCAUACACUAAUGGUUGAUCGGCCUGUCAAAGCUAUUGCUCUUGAUCCGCUGUACUACAAGUCUGGUUCUGGAAGAAGAUUCGUAACUGGCGAUGAUAGGCUUAUCUUACAUGAAAAAGUGUUUCUUUCUCGCCUUAAAUCGACCACCUUAUUUGAAGGGGAAGGUGAAAUCACUAACAUUAAGUGGAAAAAUAGGUUUCUUGCUUGGGCGAGCACAACGGGAGUAAGAGUCUUUGACAUGUCUGUUCGCCGCAUAAUCAGCGUGGUCAAGAAAGAUAUCAGCCCUGGAAUCAACCCAGAAAGUUAUCGCUGUAUCCUGUAUUGGAAGGAUGAUUUGACACUGGUCGUUGCUUGGGCAGAUGACAUCAAGGUCUGUGUCAUCCGAAGGCGUCCGGAUGCUGACGCAGAGCGACUAAAUCUUCCGACACAUUACGUUGAAAUUGUUUCGAUGUUUAUUAUUGACUCAUUCGUGGCUGGCGCUGGGUGGCUGGGUAAUCAUUUAGCCCUUUUAGUGGUUCCAAAAGACGAAGAACUAUCUGGCAAGGGUCAAAGACCUCAAAUGAAGCUGGUGGAACCACACCAGGAAAGUUACAAUGAAAUCUCGGCAGAUGUUUUAUCAAUUCGUGGCUUUCAGGAAUACUCUUGCAACGAAUAUCAUUUGGAAUGUCUGGCGGAAGAAGGUCAAUUUUUCAUCGUUAGUCCAAAAGAUGUUGUUUUAGCUAAACCGCGCAAUCCUGACGAUCACGUCCAAUGGCUUAUGGAACAUCAAAAAUACGAAGAAGCCAUGGAAGCAGUUACGGGGCCACAAGCUCGUGAACUGAAAUGCCAUUCCGUUCUUCAGGUCGGUAGGACUUACCUCGAUUUCCUUUUGUCGAAGGGAGAGUUCCAGAUGGCUGCCAAGCUCUGUGUUAAAAUUCUGGGUAAAGAGAAAAAUCUUUGGGAAGAGGAAGUUUUCAAGUUUGCUCGAUUGCACCAACUACGGGCUGUUACCCCUUAUCUCCCAAGAGGUGAAUGUAGAUUGGAUCCACAUAUUUACGAAAUGGUUCUCUUCGAGUUUCUGAAAACUGAUUCAGCUGGCUUUCUUCGGCUAGUAAGAGAAUGGAGUCCUACGCUCUAUAACAUUGCAGCCGUAAUGAACGCUGUGCUCGAGCACAUUCUUCGCCAUGAUCCAGAUGAUACCACUCUUCUAGAAGCCUUGGCUAUUUUGUAUUCUCACGAGAAGAAAUACGAUCGAGCCCUGGCAAUGUACCUCAAACUUCAGCAUGCUGAUGUGUUUCGGUUGAUUGCUCAACAUCAGCUCUUCACCACCGUCCACGAUAAAAUCCUCGCACUAAUGGAACUUGACGUCAACCAAGCUUGUACGUUAUUCCUAGAACACAGCGAACACAUUCCUUCCGAUUUAGUGGUAUCACGUCUACAAACUAAACCGCAAUUGUUAUUCAAGUAUCUGGACGCGUUGUAUCUCAAAGAACCAAAGGAAGGAAGCCGAAAAUUCCACGGCCUUUUAGUUUCCCUCUACGCCGAAUAUGCGCAAGAAAAAUUACUUUCCUUCCUCCGCAGCAGCGAUUACUACCCGAUCCAAGAUGCUCUAGAUACGUGCCAACAACGAGGAUACAUUCCAGAAAUGAUCUUCCUUUUGGCUCGUAUGGGAAACACCAGGGACGCCCUCCGCCUAAUUAUGGGCCAGUUAAAAGAUAUCGACCAAGCCAUAGAAUUUUGUAAAACUUAUGACGAUCCAGAACUUUGGGAACAAUUAAUUGGUUAUUCACUAGCCAAACCAGAGUUCGUGAACGUUUUAUUGCGUAACAUCGGUACGCAUGUCGAUCCACGUCUACUGAUCCAGCGGAUAGAGUAUGGGGUGGAGGUACCUGGUCUACGUGAUUCCCUGGUAAAAAUUCUGCAUGACUACAAUUUGCAGAUUUCUCUACAAGAAGAGAGUCAAAAGAUUCUAGUUAGCGAUUGUUUUUCUCUUCAUGAAAGACUAGUUCGAAUUCAUCAACGAGGCAUGGCAAUUCGAGAUGAUCAGAUAUGUGGCGCUUGCCAUCAGAAAGUGAUAGUUUCCGAUCCUAGGAAACCAACGACCGGAAUGGUUGUCUUCUUCUGUCGUCACGCUUUUCACACCGAUUGUCUCAACACAGUGGACACGUGUCCGAUUUGCUACGCUAUGAAACUUAAACCUAAUGCGGCUAUUUCCGAAAAAUUGCGAAAACCAUGACGCAUCAAUUUGUGAUUUAAGCUUGAUACCUUUUUGCUCCCUAUCUGCCUUGUAAAGUAGAUGCAUAUACAUUGCAACGCGCUCGAAUGUCUAUUCCGUUUUCCAAUCGGCGGCCUACAUUGUCAAAAAAAGAAUACAUAAGAUUUUAGAUCU